AUGGCUCCAGCAAAGAUAACCGAUGUUGCGUCCUUCGGACGACCAGACGAGCAGGACUUUUUUGGACCGUACCAGAAAGGCUCAGAGCGCAUUGCGUCUUUCUUCGACAGCAUUGUCAAGCUUGGUGUCGAAUUCCGAGAACAACCGACAGUCCGGAGAGACCCAAAGCCUACCCCAGCUACUGUCCAGUUUGGAUCCUUGCCUAAGACGGGCAUCAGUUAUGACGAACUCCUGAAGGAGUUCAAGUCCAUAGCUGAUAAUAGCGUCAACUGGGGUAGUCCAAACUGGACUGGUUUCCCAGAUGCAGGAAAUAGUGUUCCUUCACUUGGGGCCAGCCUCAUGAUUCCUCUCCUGAACCAGAAUUUAGCGAACCAGGAUGUCUGCUCACCAGAGGCUACUUUCAAGGAAAUGGAGGUCGUACAUUGGCUUCGCUCGAAUCUGGGCUACGACACUCCGGAGAAAUACACCAAUGCACUAGAAGCUGGUGGUAUUCUGACAAUCGGCGGUAGUCUGAGCAAUGCUAUUGCUUUGAUUGCUGCAAGAGAGUACACGUUCCCGGACUCUGGCCUCUAUGGUCUGCCGGUGCUGCCAAAGUACGUUCGCGUCCUUGUACCGGAUGUCAUCGAGCACUACUCCAUUCGAUCAGCUCUGUCGUCCAUUAGCUUAGGUGGAGCAAAUGUUGUCCGCGUACCCGUCGACGACUCUUUCCGGAUGAAGCUACCCGAGCUAGAACGAUGCAUCGACGAAGAACGAGCCGCUGGACGUCAUGUUAUGGCCUGCGUAGCCUAUGCCGGAGACUCACGUACGAUGUGCAUCGAUAACCUGGACGCUAUCGCUACUAUUCUCAAACGUAAGAACGUCUGGUUUCACGUCGACGCCUGCCACGGCCAAUCCCUCGCCUUCUCCUACACGCACAAGCACAAACUCAAAGGUAUCGAGCGCGCUGACUCUGUCACCAUCGACCCACACAAGGUGCUCUGGGUGACCUAUGCAUGCUCUUUCGUGUUAUUCAAAGACCCCUCGACACUGGCCAAGGUCGGUGUAAGUACUGAGCUGAUCCUGAAAACGCAGUGGAGUUUGGGCCAAAUCACCCCUUUCAUUGGCUCGAAAGGCUUCGAUGCGUUGAAGCUCUGGGCUGCGAUAAAGUACUUUGGCAACGAUGGCUUGUCGCGUUUGAUAGACCAACGUCUUGCCUUGACUGCCCAGAUCCAAGACGAGGUCCGGGCAAGGAGGAAUUUGAUUCUCAUCAAUGAGACGGAUAUAAAUGCGUGUAUCAUCAUGUUCUUCCCGGAAUCACUUCAGGCUGGUGGCCAGCGUAUUAGCAAGGAUGAUAUGGAUGAAUUGAGCGGUGUGAACAAGGCGCUGAAGAUGAAGAUACAGGACGAAGGGAAAUAUUAUAUCCAUGGGUUCCCGCUACGCAGAGUGAGUCAUGAGCUUGUGCCUGUUGACUGGCCGGUGUACAUCCUGCGAACGAUGAAUGGUAAUCCGUUGACGAGUAUUGAGAGCGUCAAGGUGAUCUUAGACGAGGUGGAGAGAGUGGGCGGACAGCUUUGGAGCGCUGCACAGAACGGUAAGAAGAGCGGAAAGGCAAAACUGUAG